AUGUCUACAGUCCACAUAAUUGACGUUGAGAGCGGCAAUCUGAAGUCGCUCAGAAACGCUGUUGAGUUUUUGGGCUUCAAUGUCAAAAUCGUGAAGUCAGCCGAUGACAUAGAACUUUCCAAGGCUGAAAGGCUCAUACUUCCUGGAGUCGGCAACUUUGGCCACUUCGUUGACAACCUCACCUUGAAGAACUUUGAAAAGCCGAUUCGUGAAUACAUUGCAUCCGGAAAGCCCAUUAUGGGCAUCUGCGUGGGUCUGCAGUGUUUGUUUCUGGGGUCAGAAGAGUCGCCCAAGAGCACUGGUCUGAAGUACCUAGACUUGCAGCUCACAAAGUUUGACACAUCCGAAAAGCCGGUUCCAGAAAUCGGCUGGAACACCUGCACGCCUCAAGACAAUUUGUUCGGCCUUGAUCCUUGUAACAGGUACUACUUUGUGCACUCGUACGCGGCUAUCAUCGAUGCUGAAGACAAAGCACGCCUCUCUGAGGCUGGUUGGAACAUUGCUGCCGCUAAGUACGGUUCCCAAGAAUACAUUGCUGCUGUCGCGAGAGACAACAUCUUUGCUACACAAUUUCACCCUGAGAAGUCGGGUCACGCAGGCUUGGAGAUAUUGAAGAACUUUAUCAAUCAAACUCACCCAACGAUCAAACACACUGACAGAGAGAAAGCAGCGCUUCAAAAUGACUACUCCAAUUAUGGUUUGACGAGAAGAAUUAUUGCUUGUUUGGAUGUACGUACCAAUGACCAGGGUGAUCUUGUCGUCACCAAGGGCGAUCAAUAUGAUGUUCGCGAGAAGCAAGAGGGUGGAAACGUGAGAAACUUAGGCAAGCCCGUUGAACUUGCUCAAAAGUACUACGAGCAGGGAGCUGAUGAAGUUACAUUCUUGAACAUCACCAGUUUCAGAGAUUGUCCGUUGAAGGACACACCCAUGCUUGAGGUUUUAAAGCAGGCGGCAAAAACUGUUUUUGUACCUCUUACCGUUGGGGGUGGUAUCAAGGACAUUGUGGAUGUUGACGGAACCCAUAUUCCUGCUCUUCAGGUUGCCGCUCUGUAUUUUGCAUCAGGAGCUGAUAAAGUUUCUAUUGGGUCGGAUGCAGUCUAUGCGGCUGAGAAAUACUAUGAACUUGGUGAGCGUGGUGACGGUGCUUCACCUAUCGAAACUAUUUCCAAGUCAUAUGGUGCCCAAGCUGUUGUUAUUUCUGUAGACCCAAAAAGAGUCUAUGUGGAUGGCCCCGAGUCUGUUAAACACAAGACCUUUGAGACAAAGUUCCCUAAUGAGAAGGGCCAAACAUGGUGCUGGUAUCAGUGCACUAUCAAAGGUGGUAGGGAGUCCCGGGAUAUGGGCGUGUGGGAACUAACGAGAGCUUGUGAAGCUCUGGGAGCUGGUGAGGUGUUGCUAAACUGUAUUGAUAAAGACGGUUCCAACUCAGGCUAUGACUUGGAAUUGAUAAACCAUGCCAAAGAGGCCGUUAAAAUACCGGUCAUCGCCUCGAGCGGUGCCGGCGAGCCAAAGCACUUCAAAGAAGCUUUCGAGUCCACCGGCGCCGAUGCCUGCUUGGGCGCGGGUAUGUUUCACAGAGGUGAGUACACCGUUAACGAUGUUAAGCAAUACCUUCUAGAUAGCGGGUUCAAAGUUAGAAUGGAAAGUCAAUAG